CGGAAGUCAUGGAGGUAGAGUCCAGGUAGCGGCAGUUCCAGAGAGUCCCUGAGUUCGUCCAUCAGGCUGUGACGCGGGGAGCAUCGUCUUGACUGCAGCCGGUGCCGCGGCUGAGGAGGGCGGGCCGUGUCCGUCCAAGUGGACGCCUGCUGGACUCCCGCCCUCGUGCUCCCUGGUGUCGCCGACCCUGCGUUCGGGGGCGCAAGUCUGCGAGGACGUGGCGUGGGGACCGAGCCUGCGCCCUGUGCGCGGCGGGGGAGCUGUGUCGCCGCGACCGCCAAGUCCAGGAGCUGUUCCCGGGACCGCGGACGGGCACGCGCAGCGCGCCGUGGCUUUUAGCCUUUGUUCUGACUGUCCUUCGUCCUUAAAGGAAGUGUCCUCUCGGUGGUCCCUUAGCGAUGUCUGAAAUAUUAAUUGGGGAGCCAAUUGCCACCUGUCUUUCUCCUUCAGUGUAUGACAUGAUCUGUAAACUUGGGUUUGAAGUCAGAGAAAAUUGUGACAUCAGUAGUAUUGUAACUCAAAAUGGUGAUGUAUGCUGGAAGAAAAUUACAGAUUGCAUGGUUUAUACAGAAUCAGCCCAGGAUCUGGACCACCGGGAAAGCGUGCGGCUGCUGGGCCCUGUGUGCCAGGCUGUCCAUCUGCAUCUGUUGUCUCUGCUCGAGGGGCAGUUUGAAAUGCGAUACACCCCGGCGCUCCAGUGGACAGGUGUUCCAGAGUUAUUUCCUGAAAUACUUGAUGCCUUGAGAAGUCUUGAAUCUCCCAGUAUUUCUCUCAGCCUCAUGAAGCUCACGUCGUGUCUGGAGCGAGCCCUGGGUGAUGUAUAUUUACUGAUUGGGAAGGACUGCCCCUUUCUUUUAAGAGAUCUGCUCGCAUCUGAGGAACUUGCUCAAGUCUUUGGGCAGCCUGUGAUGGACGUGCUGCAGGUCUUCGUGGGCUCCCCGCGUGGACUCAACCUCCGCAACGUCCUGUGGCACGGCUUCGCGGCCCCUCCGGAGGUUCCGCCCGAAUACUGCUCAAUGUUGGUGUUGUUGACAGUAGGAUUGGGUCAACUACUGAAGGGUUACCUUCAACAGACUAACUUCACGUUGGCACAUCGACCUUUUGUAACUCUUACGAGCGUGGAGGAUUUGAUCAUUUUUCCUGAUGUUACGACUGAGGUGCUUUCAGUAUUAGAAGAAGUGAUGAAGAAGUCCACUUUUAUACUGAAAAUCAUGUUGCCGUAUUGGGAAGUUGCAUUAACCAAGUUAAAGUCUCACAGGUUUGCUGACUGUGCCAUAUUGCUGUUGGUGCAGCUAGAGACUGGACUUAGGAAGGUUUUUGCUGAAGUUAACGAAUGUCCAAAGAGACUUCUAACUGCUGAGUCAACAGCUCUUUAUACUACCUUCGAUGAAAUAUUGGCAAAACACUUGAAUGAUGGUAAAAUCAACCAACUUCCUGUUUUCCUGGGAGAGCCUGCAAUGGAAUUUCUCUGGGAUUUCCUAAACCAUCAGGAGGGUCCCCGUCUAAGAGAUCGGUUAAGCCAUGGGGAAGUCAGUUUACCUGAAUUUCCGAAAGCAGCAGCCACUCAGUUGCUUGCGUUUUCCUUUGUCCUUUUACUCAGAUUUAUUGAUGAAGAUCUGUUAUCAGUGUUCAAGGAAAAAGCAGCGGUGAGGUCGUUGAUUAACCUUGCAGUAGCCUACGUUUCUCGCUGCCACCCAGCUUCUCAGCUUAAAAAACAGGUGCUGAGCUGCGGGGGGCGCCUUGGGACUUGGCCUCUGCGGCCUUUGCCCGAAGAAGCCGGAAGGGAGGCCGCGCGAUCAGAAGGUGAUUCUGAAACAGAUGCCUGCAGCUCUUUAAUCAGAGAAAUCGUGGCUGAGCUGUGUUGCCAUGUGCCUGAGACACACCGCGCUGCCCACCUCUCUGGGCCCCUUCCUCCUGAGGAGUGGCCCCGGCUGCUCCAUGCACUCUGCAGCAUCCCGGUGCGGACCCUCUUCUGCCCCCGAGCUGUCCUGGAAGUGCUGGCUGUGCUCCGGAGGGUCAGCAGCCACUGUCACCGCGUUUGUGACCAGGUAGCCGCGUGCGUGGAGCUGAGGCGCCGGCAGUGGGAGGACCGAAGCCUGCGCUCACGGCAGAGGCGGAACUACCUGCGUCUGGUGCGCAGUAUGAAGCUUCUGUCUUCGAUGCUUUACCUGAUUUUAUUGCUGAUUGUGCUAGAAUUGAUCAACAUUCACAUGAUUCUUGGGAAGAAUGCUUCCGAAUACCAGCAGUACCUGAGGUUCUUAAAGUGUGUCUUGCAGUACACAGAGAACCUGGCAGCUUACACCAGCCAAGACAAGAACAAGUGGGACGAAGCUGUCCAUCUCACACACGCAGCCUUGUUGAAGAUUUGGACUUUUACUGAGAAGAAACAGAUGUUGACACAUUUAGCCAAGAAAUCCAUGAGUAAAGUCAUCUGAUAAGUCAGGAUGCCUCGGGCUCUGUCAGAAACCCAACCGACCAUGUGGACUUCAUAGCCUGUGAAUUGAGGACCCAAGGGCCAGGUGGGUGUCCAAGGGCAUAGCAUCUGAGGGCAGGUGGGUUCGGGACUCUGAUCCAUCAGGGCCCCAAGCCUCCUGCCCUUCAGUUCUCCAGUCGCUUUCCGGCUGCUGGUGUGAGCCUCAGGUGGAUCCCUGGGAAGCAGUGGCCGCAGCAGUUUGGGGCCUCGUCUCCCAAUGUGUCCUGUCCAGAGGAGAGACUCUUCUCGCUCAGCUGUCACCCAGGCAUGGCUGGCUACAUUUUACUGGCCAUAUUGCAAAUCUUGAAAUGAUGGCUGUGACCAGCACCCUGCCCUGCAUUCACGGGCCAGGCUGGGCGGACGUCCUCCCCUGGACCAGCCACUGGAGCAUGGCGGGAGGCAUUGGGCCAGUCGCCCCCGUCCUUGGAGCAGAGGGUGAGGUGGAUGGGAUGCAGAUCUCACUGGGUGGGAAGGCCCUGGGCAAGCCUGCCGGUCAGUGUGUCCCCGGGGGUCCAGGUCUGGUAGGUUAGUGCAGCCCCUGGGAGGACAGAGUGAGAUGGGCCGUGGACACCCCCAAGUCAGGCUCGUGGGAGGCCCUGGCAGCCACCGCGGGAGGCUCCUCAUCCGCUCCGGUGGCAGCAACAAGGCCCGUGGUUCUCCAGGAGCCCCUGCAGGGCUGCCCUGAACCUGAGUCUGGGUGCACUCGGCUGUGCCACUCCCCCGCUGGCCACACAGCCUCCUCCUGGCCUUGCUGGCGGGUCGGCCUCCCAGGAAGGGUGUCCUGCCAUGUGCUCCAGCUUCUCUGCCCUCGGAGAUCGACAGGGAGGCCGCCGUGGGGCGGUGGGGCAGUGUGACCACAGACUUUCCUGGUCCAGCUGUCACUUCUCCAGUUCAACAGCAGCCACCCCUUUGUAACUGAACUUGUGGGUAAAGACGGGGACGCCUCCUGCUUCUGUCUGCUGUGACUCAAGCCCCCCACACCAUUGCCCCCACUCCUAGGCUGGACUCAAGUCACAAUUGUGAUUUGGAGAAUAACCACUCGUAACCCUG